AUGGCACGGGUGCUGUCGAUUCAGAGCCAUGUGGUGCAUGGCUAUGUCGGGAACAAGGCAGCGACCUUCCCGCUCCAAGUGCUUGGCUUUGAGGUCGACGCCAUCAACUCUGUCCAGUUCUCAAACCACACAGGGUACUCGCAAGUCAAAGGGACAAAGCAGACGGCCGAGGAGCUGUGGGACCUCUUCUCCGGACUCGAGCACAACGACCUUCUCUCCUACACCCACAUCCUCACAGGCUAUGUUGGCAGUGCGGAGUUCCUCUCCACUGUCGUGCGCAUUGUGCGGAAACUCAAGGAGCCAGCUCACCAAUUGGCUCUUCCCCACCACUACAACAACAAGGUGAACCCGGAUAUUGUGACCCAGUCCUCGGAGACCAUGGCCAACUCUACGUCCCAGCAGUUGAUACCGCUCGCCGACAUUGUCACGCCAAACCAGUUUGAGCUGGAGAUGAUCUUGGAGUGCGACAUCAAAUCUGAGGCGAUGGCGUUUGAGGCGCUGCAGCGGUGCUUGGCACUCGGUAUCAAGCACGCCGUGCUGACCAGCUUCCACGGCGACACCCGCGAGCGGAUUACCUUGCUCGGCUGUGCCCAUCCACAGCGAAGCAAGGAACAGGCAGAAGCGGCACAGGGAAGCACUGCGGACGGUGAUGGAGGUGACGGAGACGUGACGUCUGAGCUGACACGAUACCGCCUCACUGUUCCUCGGUUCGAUUUCUACUUCACCGGCACAGGCGACCUGCUCUCUGCGCUCAUCCUCGCGCGCACGUGGGAGGCGCCUGCAGACCCGAUGACAGCGGUCGCAAAGGCAGCAGCAUCCCUCCAGGGUGUGUGCCAACACACGUACGAGUACUGUCGCCAUGUGGAAGCACCGACGGCGCGGCACAAAGAGCUGCGGCUCAUCCAGAGCAAGCACCAGGAUCACAUUGAGUCGCCCGAUUUGAAUCUGCUCCGCGAGUGCGAGAAGCUGUAG